GAUUCCUCAACGCCGUCUUCAGUUCACUCAAGUACUCACUGCGCGCGACAUGAGUGAGCGAGCGAGCGCGCUUCUCGGACUGUCGGCUUUAGUUGCUCUUCUUGAGUAAAUCACUGGUGAGAAAGUAAAACGAUACUGAAGAAAAACACGAUGUAGUGCAAAUACCGACGCUGGACUGUUAAAUUUCCUAGCCGCAAAGCAGAGUUGUAUAGUAUCGCGCUGGAGGAGAAGUAGACAGCGGUGGGACAAACAUGCUCUCGCCGUUCUUGGCGUAUUUUCUGUCGCUUGUGUUUCUGUGUAGGAUUGCGCGCUCCCAGUACUCAAGCGACCAGUGCAGCUGGAGGGGCAGUGGUCUGACCCAUGAGGGACACACGCGGGAUGUGGAACAGGUGUACCUCCGCUGCGCCCAAGGCUUCCUGGAGUGGCUGUACCCCACAGGGGCCAUCAUCGUCAACCUGCGGCCAAACACAUUGUCCCCAGCGGCGUCUCUUCUCUCCGUCUGCAUCAAACCCUCUGCGGAGUCCAGCGGGACCCACAUCUACCUGGACCGGCUGGGAAAACUGCGAUUGCUCCUCCAUGAGGAAGAUCAGGCAGAGCGAAGAGUGCACUGUUUCAGCAUCCAGGACGGGGCGCUCUUCAUCGAGGCAGUGCCUCAAAGGGACAUCAGCCGAAAAAUCACAGCCUUCCAGUAUGAGCUGGUCAACCACAGACCAGGAGCUGAUCCACAGUCAUUAUCUGCACCCUGCCAACCCUGUACAGAUACGGAGGUCCUGCUGGCCGUUUGCACCAGUGACUUUGUGGCACGGGGGAAUAUUCUUGGUGUGGCAGAGGAAGAGGACCAGACCUCUGUUACCGUGUCCCUGAGUCGCUUAUACAGACAGAAGACGCAAGUGUUUGUGUCUGGGGGCGGCCGGGCCAAACGCUGGACGGGCUUUGUGAAGAUGCCCAGCCAGUGCGGGGUUAAACCAGGGGAUGGUGAGUUCCUCUUUACUGGGACGGUGCGAUUUGGAGAGGCCUGGCUCAGUUGCGCUCCACGGUACAAGGACUUCCUUAGGGUGUAUCAGGACGCACAGCAGCGAGGGACCAACCCAUGUCAUUUGGACACAGACUGAAUUCUUUCCAGGAAACCACACGAUCCGCCCCGUCGCGAGGAACUGUGACCCUGCGAGCAGCUGUUUGUGUCUGCAGACAGGAGAGGUUUAGGUCCGUGUAGACUCCAAUAUCGAUGCAGAAACCUCUCGCCUGCUGUCCCAGCAUUCCCUGAGACACGACUCGUGCUCUUAAAACAUCCCGCAAAAACAACUAAAGUUGGACUUUUAUUUACUAAGCCAAUGGCGAAAUCUCCUGACAUGUCUUAAGACUGAUUUUUUUUUUACUUUCUUGCGGUCACAAUGUAGCAGACCUGGCUGUUGAAUGUGUAAAAUGUGAAAAGAACAUUCUGAAACGGAAGUCCCAAAUGCUUUGUAAAAAGCUUGUUGUACAGUUUUGCAGUUGUUUCUAUGACAGAAAUAUAUUGAAGAAAAAGCC